UUCGUCGAUCGUUGGAGAAUCGAGAAGAACUAGCUAGUCGGCUGAUGCUAGAUGAUUAUCGUCGCAAUAAUUCCAUCGAGGUGACUCGAAGGCAAUUUGUGUGAUUCGAUGUUUGUCUGAAAUGAAAUAAUUAUUUAGAGUACUUGUAGACAGUAGUGUAUCGUGCGAGUGUUUAUAUGUGUUUCCUGAGACAGUACAUGAGACACGUGCCGCCUCUGCAAUAAUUCACGUGCGGAUAUUUUAUUUUGUCACGUGUUUCCAGAAAGAUGCGAGUGCGUAACACGUGCAUCGAAUCGCGUGAAUGAACUUCAUUGAAAUUCAUGAACUGAUACGUGAGACAUUAUUUUGAGAAAUAAACAUCCUCAUAUCAUUUAUCUCAUACUACGCUCCAGGAAAAUUAUUGCAGAAUCUAAAGUCGAAAUUAAUGGACGAAACUAAGCGCGAAGAACAGAAGAAAGCGGAAGAAAAAGACGAAGAAGAGGAAGAAGAAGAAGGGGAGAAGUUAAAUCGAGUGAGUUAGAUAAGGAGACUUGUGGUAUACUCGUAAAGGGUACACGAGUCAACGGAGUUCGUCAGUCUGUAGACGAGCGUCUGCCGGAAUAACGGAAGCAAUUCAAGUGUUUGACCGUAGUAUGACUCAGGAUAAGCAGAUCGAAACAGUAAAAGAACAUAAAAUUUAAAAGUUAAGAAAAUAAGGACAUAUUAUUCUUCAGAUACAGUGAUGAGAGUUUGUAAAAAAUCGACUCUACGUGGAAGAAACUGUAGCUGACAUGGAUAAUAAAUGGAAAAUACAUGUUUAAUUAUAAGAAAAAGGACUUCAGUCCAAAAAAGCUAAAGUAAAGCAAUCAAAAAUCGGUCGCAAGAUAGAGAAAAGAGAUUUGGGAUGAAUUGUUUGAAUAAUGACUUAAUUGAACGCCAUAAAAUAUCGCAGUAAUUUCUGGAUGAAGAAUACCUUCUGAGUAACAAUAACAAUAUAAUAACGUGAAAUAUGAUUCAGCGAACUCUUUCCAUUGAAGAUCAAAGUUCACGUUGCCGGUUAGACAGGGGAAUCAGUAUAUUCCGAGAAGGUCAUAAAAAUUUAUCAGCGUGACUAACUUGUGUUUUUAAUGGAAGAGUGCGAGUAACGCGAGAAAAGAUAUGGAAAUGAAUUGAUGGGGCACGCACGAUAAGAGAAAUAUAUAUCUUGAAGGGUAUACGUGUUCUUCUUUUUCUCUUGUUUUCGUGGACCGUUUCUCUAAGAGAAGCAUCAGUCGCGACAAGAUGAGAGUUCCCGAAAAAUAGACAAAAGUCAAUAAAUGAAAAGAGAAAUAUCUGUGACUGAACAUGAAUGAAUGAGGAAUGUGCAUAAAUGCAAAAGAAUCAUUGGAUUGUGAUAAUCUAUCUCGCAAAAGAUAGCACGUGAGCCGCAUUGACUUUCGACUUUUCGGAGAAUGAGAAGAAAAAGGAGUCCUGCACAUUGGACAAAAAAUGGAGUACUUUGCAAAUAAUACGAUUUUUACUACAGAAUUUAAUAUUCAAAUUACUGCAGAAGAUGGAAACUAUAACAAGCCAUUCGCGCGACCUGUGACUAUUUUUGCCGCUGUUUGCGCGAUAAUAUUCAGCAUUAUCGGAGUGUUAGGCAAUCUAGUGACGGUAAUUGCAUUAUUAAAAUACAGCAGAUUGAGACGACAUGCUACCACAGCGUUUGUGAUAUGCCUGAGUAUCUCCGACUUGAUCUUCUCGGCAGUUAAUUUACCUCUAACUGCCAGUAGAUAUUUAAAUGAAGCAUGGGUGCUGGGCGAGACUCUAUGUAAAAUAUUUCCCUUAUUUUUCUACGGAAACGUUGCCGUAUCUUUACUCAGUAUGGUAGCCAUUACCAUUAACAGAUAUGUACUGAUUUCACAACCGGACAUCUACAACCAGUUAUAUACCAGUCGCGGUAUUGCGCUAAUGCUAAUAACUAUAUGGACUCUCAGUUUCUUGAUGUUGUUGCCACCCUUAUUGGGGAUCUGGGGCACUCUGGGAUUGGAUUCAGCCACCUUCUCGUGUACCAUAUUGAAGAAAAACGGUUCCAGUCCAAAGAAGUUUCUGUUCGUUCUAGGUUUUGUUGUACCAUGUGUAGUGAUCAGCGUUUCGUACCUUUGCAUAUAUUGGCGUGUUCGAAGCAGCCGGAAGAAUCUCGAGGCACACGCAACAGACAGACGCGCUGGUAGACAAGGUGGUGGAUUUCAACGAAGAGAAGAUUCCAGGGUGACCAGACUCAUGCUCACCAUAUUUCUCUGCUUCCUGAUGUGUUUCAUGCCAUUGAUGUUGGUGAAUGUGAUCGACGAGAAAAUGAAGAUCCCGAUAGUCCACGUAAUAGCAUCGGUGCUCGCUUGGGCCUCGGCGGUAAUAAAUCCUUUCAUCUAUGCCGGUACCAACAGAUUAUAUAGGGAAGCGUACAAACAGGUUCUGUGUCCUGCCUCAAGCAGAACACCCAUGAUCGGUCCUCCACUACCAGCACAUUCUCAUUCGAGUAAAGUCUCGUCACCUCAUAUGACAUAAAAAUAUCACCCGGUUCGAGAUGAUUGCUUAUAGAUAAGUACCAAGUAAAAAUUUGACGCUUAACAAUAUUAUUUUACUUAUUUUUUUAUAAAAAAAUU